ACCGGCGGCAGCCGGUUUCACAAAGACAACGAGCAGAGGCAGAAGAAGGACCUUUGUAGUUGUUCGCGCACAAGCAUCAUGGGUACGCCGCUUGCCCAUACCGAGCCUCGCUUCGCCUGACCUCUGGCUGGCAGGGAUCUCGCUGUGGCUCGUCCCGACGCCCAAGCAGACCGCCCUCCUCAAGCGUGUCACGGCGAUCAAGCGUAGCUCGCCCAACUCGCCCUCCUCCUUCCCCGACUUCCACCCGCACGUCACGCUCGCCACCACGCCCACCGCGUCCGGGCUCAAGGAGGCCGUCCCCGCGCACCAGCCCGCGAUCCGCGCCAAGUUCCAGUCCGUCGACGUCGGCGAGAAGUACUUCAUGUCGGUGUACGCUAGGGUCUUCGACGUGGACGCGCUCGCGGCGCUGCGUGCGCAUCUCCGGGGUCGUCUGGGCGAGGGCGCGGUCCCGCCGAUCCCGCAUGUGUCGUUGUACUAUAUCGACAAUGCGGAUGCGGAGGAACGCGAGCGGGUGAGGGAGGAGCUGAAGAGUCAGAGACGGGUGUUAGAGCGCGCGGACGGCGUCGCAUUGGAUUGUUCGGAGGACCCAGGGAACGCGAGUGACGCGAGUGAGGUGCUCGAGGGCAUUGACGGUGAAGAAAUAUGGAUCAUUCAGUGCAACGGUCCUGUACCAGGGUGGGAGGUGCUCGAUAAGAUACAACUCAGAUGAAGGUCCUGGACGCGGAAGGCUCAGGCGUUGUACGAUUAAGAGGGAUUCAAUGACAUGACGGUCUUUAUACACGAGAUCA